ACAGCGGCGGCAGCUAUGCCUGCGUGCCCGUCUCCCUCUCGCGCGCGGGCAUUUUCUAAGCGUUGGCACUUGUUGCGAAUGCGGUUCCCCCGCUCCGCCCACGACGUGCGCCUUUCUUCCUCGACGUGGGCCCCCAUCCGCAACACCGCGCUGUCUCCCGUGCCGCCUCUCCUUGACGGUCGCGCGAGGGCCUUCCAACGCGGGAGCGCGUCGCGCGCCCGAGACGACGCGCCGAGGCCGUACGGAUGACUCGCCCAAGGCUCGGCGUCCUCGGUCGUCAUGGUACGCAAGCGCCGUGGCUUCAGAUGCCUACUGUUGCUGCUGAUACUCGCAGUGCCCUUGGUAAUGUAUAUGGAAUUGCCGGCCCUGCUCAAAUCGACAGCAGCAUCUUUAAGAAGGAUGCGACAAGAGCUGAAAACCGUCGGAACGCCCGUUUUCCAAAGUGAGGCGCCGAAGAUUAUACUCCGGAAGAUUGUAACAGACGACGCAGAAAGACGUGCGUGGGGGAGAAAUAACAUUACCGUAGUGCAACAACGUCGAGCUAGUUCCUCCAGACAUUGGGAGCUACAGACAUCGAAACGUAAGAUUUCAAUACCAUCGGUACCAAAGGCAAGAUGGCAACCUCCGUACGACAAAUCACGUUACCGAUUCACUAUCAACCCUCAGCUCUGCUCCGGCAAAGCGGGUCGCAGCUUCCUCGUGCUGGUGCAAUCCGCCUCUAGAAACACCGAACGAAGAAACGCCAUCAGGGACACGUGGGCCUCGCCGACCAAAGAUUCCUUCUCGGGCAUACGCUUGGGAUUCGUGUUGGGGACGCCCCGAAAGGCUUCACUCAAUGACAAGGUGCUGCGAGAAGCAGACGAGUACCGCGACAUCAUCAUGUCCAACUUCACAGAGUCGUACUAUAACCUGUCCCUUUCCACCGUCACCCUCCUUCGGUGGGCCGUCGAAAACUGCGCCGGCUACGACUAUCUGGUCAAGGCGGACGACGACGCCUUUCUCAACCUGACUGCCCUCAGAAAGUACUUGAGCGACAAACCCAAGAAGAAUAGCAUCUUUGGAUACCUGAUGAGGGGCUACCGGCCCAACCGACAACGGGAGAGCAAGUGGUACACGCCGCAAGACCUUUACAACAAGAGCCGAUUGCCCGACUUCGUGAGUGGAUUUGCGUACGUGAUCACCGCGGACGCGGUACCCGAGCUUUACGCGGCUGCCAAGGUCAUUCCAUUGUUCCCCUUGGAAGACGUCUACGUGACGGGGAUGUGCAGGGAGCGCACACGCACCGUGCUGAGGAACGCCGCCAGGUUCCACAACCACAAGAAGAAAAAAGCAACGAGCAUCUGUUCGUACGCUAACGUCCUUGCUCAGCACGAGAUGACGCCGGCGGAGAUGCAUACCUUGUGGCAGAAAAUCAGCAGCCACGGAUGCGAUUAGGAUGUCCCCUUUCUCUGGUAGAAGCGAUUCUGUUAUUUGCAGAUUUGGCAACCAGGACCGGCAGAAGCACAGCCCCGCGCAGGGCCUCGUCCCUUCAGCAUUUGAGUGAGUGAAAAACACUGCAGUGCUGAAAGGCCCGUUCGCUUUAACGAGGUGUGAUGGCGGCUGUGAAAUACCAGUUCCUAAAGCCCGUCCGAACGAAGGACAAUUAAGAGCGACCGAAAGAGACAAAGGGCGCAAUCAAGACCGUCGCCAGCUCCGCUUCUGGAUGAAACCGUUAUCGGCGACUCCAGUCAACCCCCGGAGGAAGCGAGACACGCCUUUAAGCCGUCCAACCGUGCCAGGAAAUAUGCGCGCCCGCAGCCACCGGGAAGCUUUUUACAAUACUAAAAGUGAGGAUGCCUGCAGGAUUCGCGUGUGCCGACUGUUACAAACAUGCUCAUGUAAGAACGUCGUAUGCCAGUCAACGUGAAUGUCCCCCAAAGUCCCCGGCGUUCUUCUGAUCGAGAAUACUUGUAGAAUAGUACACAACCUGAACAAUUACCCAGGUUAACUUCUAUGUGUGUCUGUUCUCACCUUCCUUCCUUCAACCGCGUGAAUUUUUUUUUUUUUUUGUAUUUUUGAUGUUUAUUGGCGUUCAUGCGCGCGCCCCCGUACCAACUGCACACAGAAAGUUGUCCACGAGUACAGUCUAGGGUUCGGAAGGGAAGCCUGUGCAAGUGCCUUAUUAACACCGGCCAUAGUCAGACACAAGUUAAGAAUGCACCAGAAGCUCGUCCCACACUCGCAUUACCGCCAGCCACUGUUUCUCCGCGACGCGCAAGUAGUUCGCCACCGAGGCUACCGCGUAUUGGUCGAGAGCGCAGCCAUUUUUAAAACAUCGCGCUGACGUCACAUAACUCGUCAUGUAUACCUUCGUCCGCGGAGUGAUUCGACGCCGUGGCUGGUGCGUGGUGGUGUAUAUUUGGUGCAGCCUCAACUGUGUGAACCUGUGCAAGCAUCGUGGUGGCUGACAGACGCACUGCAAUGAUGUGCGCGCGGAAUGAGCGCUGAUUGGGGAACACUCGGACUUUGCGAGAAAGCCCUGAAAAGGACAUUUCUCGGUGACCUACAAUAAUUCUCAGAACAAAACUUCGGAAGGUCUAUACGUUGAAAUAAAUUAUAUGUUUUGAUCAAAUACA